UUUGCCGAAACAGACGCCAACAGACGGUGCUCGCGAGCGGUUGUAACGGUAAAGAUAUAGUACAUCUAUAGCGCGCGUAACGGGAAAAUACGGAGCAGUAGAAGCGCAACAGCGCCUCCGAAAUAGCGUAAAUGAAAAGUAAUUCACCAAGUGCUAAAUGAUAGAGAAUGAGACCCAGUCGACAGGACCCAAAAAGACAAUGUUGAUUGAGUGCAUUUCGCGUGACAUUCCCUGAGAGUUUUCUUCAGAAACCGAACGAAGCAAAGAUCAAGUAAAGCUCGUUGAUAUAGAGCUGAAUAUACAACAACCACCCACCGAUCGAUCGAGAGGCGUGGCAAAUGAACUACAAUACGGCUAGCGUGGUAGCCGCCGCAGCAGCAGCCGCACAUCAGACGUCGCACCACCAUCCGUAUUUGAACCACCAGCAGUUGCAGCACCACCAAACAACCCAACAACAACAACAACAGCUAAUCCCACUGCCCAUCGGUGGGGGAGGGAGUUUAGCAGUGGGUGGCGGCGAUACCUCGCCCAAAAUCAUGGAGUGGACCAACGACGAUGCUCUUGAACUAAUCGAGCAGUAUCGCUGCCACACAGAAUUAUGGAAUCGUGCCGAUCCGAAGUACAAGGAUAAACUAUGUCGAUUCCGGGCGUGGUCGGAAAUAGCCGAACGCUUCGGUUGCAGCAAGGCGGAGGUCGAGCGGAAGAUGAACGUAUUGCUGACCCAGUAUCGGCGGGAGAAGCAUAAGAUGUUUGUGAAAAUAUACCAGGGCAUUCAGCCCAAUCCGUCCAAGUGGUAUGCCUUUAAACGAUUCGAUUUCAUGGAGGCGGGCGGCGGCAGCUUAAGCGGCGGUGGAUCAGGUGGACCAGGUGUUAACGUCUCGGGCGGUAAUCUGGUGCCCAAUCCCGUUUCCUCAUCGGCAGCCGCUGCCGCCCACAAUGGGCUGAACGGACUGGCGGCUGCGGCCGUCGCUGCAGCGGCCUACGAAAGCGGUACGAUUGCAGCGGCAGGAAACGGAGGAGCACCAACCACAGGUCCAGGUGGCGGAGCACCUGGUUCGCAGCCCACCAUGCAGCACAGACGCAUCAAGACCAAAGAGCUAAAAUAUUUCGGAGCGAUGGGCCUCAAUAUACCCAUGCUGAUAGCGAGCAGUCAGACGCUGGACAGUUGGAAUACGGCGGGUCAGUAUUCGCCUCCGAUAUCGGGCUCUGGAGGCGGUGGCUCGGAGCGAGGAGGAAGUGGAGGUGGUGUUGGUGGAGCGCCUGCCCAGCAAUUGCGAGUGCCCCUGCCCAUGAGUUAUCAUGGUGGAGCUGGCGGUGGUGGCAGCAGCAGUAGUGAUUUCCAGCAGAGUCCACUGAAACCCAUGGAUACCUCGGAUAAUGAGGAUAACAAUAACACCAAGGAGGAUGUGGCAGCGGCAGCGGCCCUGGGCCAACUGGCUGCAAAGGUGGAGCGACGCUCGCCGUUGGGCGGUGGUCCGGGGGGAGGUGGCUCGAGUAGUAGGGAGGCCAACGAUCCAGCAAGCGAUCCCAUUAAAUCCGACCGGACCCUUAGCGAAGCUGGCAGCAGUCCCAUACCGAAUACCAAUAUGCACGAGGCGCACAAAAAUCACCUGCUGAACAGUCCUGCCGGAGCAAGAGCGGUUACCCCAAGGCAGGCGCACGAGCAGAUGCACCACCAUGCACACACGCAGCACCACCUGCAGCAACAGCAACUGCAACAGCAGCAGCAGCAACAACUGCAGCAGCAACUACAACAGCAGCAACAACUGCAACAGCCGCAGCAGCAGUGUCAUCAUGGCCACGAGGAACUGGACAUCAAGCAGGAGUUGGUGGACUAUUUCCAUGGCCAGGCGGCUGGUGGUGGUGGUGUUGGUCCUGCACCACCGCCACCACCCGAAUCACAUCGUUCCUAUAGCUCAGCGGGUGAGGAGAGCCGACUUCAGCUGGUGGACAUGGCCCAGGAUUUGCGAGUUGCCCAGGCGAAGGCCAAUUUUGGAGCUUUUGUCCUACCACCAAGAGGCAGCGAUGCCAGCACACCCGCCAUGCCUUUAAAUAUGCGAAAACUAACCGGUGCCGGCAGUGCGGGUCAUAUGCUAAUGAAUACAUUGCUCGGUUCGAGGGAGAGUAUGUCGGAUGGCGAGGAACCCGAUCCGGAUAACGAUGAGGCCACCGAAUCGGCCGCCAGUCCGGGACACAUCAAGAGCAGUGUUUCCGCCCAGGCGGCCGUUGCAGGAUCCGCAUUUUACGCAGAGUCCCUAAAUCGAGAUGAUUGCGAUUUUAUUGGAUCGAAUGUAUCAUUAAAACUUCGAACCAUGGAUCGAACGCAAAGGAUCAUUGCGGAGAAGCUAAUCAGCGAGGUGUUGUACUAUGGGCAAUUUAAUGAGCUGGAACGCUCGGCCAGGAUUCAGCCCAAGUGACAGUGGCGCCCCAAGAAGUGGACGACGACAAUGGGAAACGGAAGUGGUGGGGCCGUGGGUCUGGGCAUCGGAGUGGGUUUGAGCAGGAUCAGGCUGGGCAGGAGCCUACUCGCCCCGCAGCAUGGUAAAUGAAUUCCAAUUGAAAUAGUCAACAGAGAGAUAAAACAGAAACCAAUACAGAAAACAGUACAACUUAUUUUUAGUUUGGCCAGGAUCGGGGUCACCACUUGUACAAAGCUUGGCAGAAAAGGGGGCAGCGUUACUUAGGCGGAGUGAAAGUAGAAAAUAUAGAAAAGAAAGCAGAGUAGGGCUUGGAUAAAGGUACUUAUAUGACAGGGGUAGAGAUGGUGAUGUCUGGGAUGGUUGUUAAGUUUAAAAUGUGUUUAUUCACGGAUAGGAGAACUGUUUACUAAAUUCUCAAAACCUACUUAAUGAAGGUUACUGCGGAAAUUCAAAACAAAAAUUUAUUUAAAUUUUUUUAACUUUUAAACUUGGAAUAUGUCAAACGAAUUUUUAAAAUAAACGAAAUCUAUUUCGGUUGUUCCACUGUGCAAUGUUUAGAUAAUACAAAUAAUGUUGAGUUAGUCAAAUUUGGUUUAACAAUUAAAAUACAAAAUAAAUCCUAGAGAUGGAAAAGAAUAGAUUUAACGAAAUAAAACCAUUUUUUAUUUACUAUUUUUUAUUAUGAAAUAACUAAUUUUAUAAACCGAAAUGUGGUUCAUCUACCAUCUCUCCCUGAUUAAAAUACAAAAGCAACAUAGAACACAAACCAAAGUUACUUUCUAUUCUGUUCGAAGGGCUGCAUAAACAACAGUUUAGCUUUUGUCCACAACUUCAAUAUUAAACUGCAUAAAAUACAUAGAUACUAGAUAGGUUAGAUUGGGUCUGGGAAUGGGGUCAUCGACACACCUGAGACAUCUAACUAGCAGAAUCUCAGUAUUACUUAUAAAAUACACUUUACAUAGACCAUAGUUAACCGCAACAACGAGGAUAGGAAUCGAAGCAUUUGCCAUAGAUCGAUUCCUUGGGGCCGAUCGUCCACUUCUGGGUGUUAUCUGGUUGCUGAUUGUUGACCUCGCCCUAAAAAACAAAUAUACAAAAAUUAAUGGGAGAAAAGUAAGCAAAACUAAUGUAAAGACAAGGAAUAGCGGCUGCUUAAAAGUCAAGCUCCAAUUUGGGCACCACUGAAACUCAAGUUCCCGAUUAGCUAACCGUUGAAAAAGGCACUUGUAAAACCUAUAUGUUUUCUAUAUAUCUGCAUAUGGAUAUAUGUAUAAGUAAAUGGAUAAAAAUAUAUAAUAUAUCAUUGUACCUUAUUUUAAAACAGAGAUGUUUUCUUAGUCACUUAAGUCUGGUCGCCGUAAAGUCACCAAUCCAAAACCCAACAACUGAAACCAACCAACAAACAAAAAGAAACCGCAAACUUUUACCUAUAUUAUACAAAUAUUGUCGUCACUAGUUCGUUAAAGAAACAACAAAAACAAAAGCAAAACAUUGUACAUUUUCGUGUUUAUUUUUUUAGGUCAUAAUGAUUUUUGCAUAAUAUUUAAGUAGUUUUUAUUUUUAUAUGCAAAGCAAAGCAGAGCAAAAAACAGAAACAUUGAAUUAAUUUAUAUAAAUAUAUAUGUAUACCUAAUAAACAAAUAUGGGCAAAUUAGAUAGUCACAUAAACGAGAGAAAGAGAUAGAUGGUUAGUUGCGGAUGAUGAUGAUGAUGAAAUGCAGCUCGGCUUUUGCUGCUGCGUUUUUAAGCCGUAGUUUUUACCUUAGCAUAGAAAAAUCAAAAACCAACAAAAGUCCAAACUGAAAAGAAAAGUCAUGUGUAAAAAAUGGAAAAUUAGAUGUGAAUAAAUUAAUUGUCUGUAAAACUAGCGAGAAUUUGUUUGGCAUCGAUGUGCAAGCGUAUGUUGUGUGAGUGCGUAUGGAAAGUAAACAAAAAUUAGGUUUUCCUGAAUGUGUAAACAGCAGCUAAAAAAAUAAAUAAAUGUGUGUACCUAUUUGUCUGACAAGCAUUGUAAACGCCGUUUUUUUUUCUACUUUGUUAAAUGAAAAAAAUGGGUUAAUCUUAUGAUUGGGAUAUUGCUUUAAAUGAAAGCCGAAUCGAAAAUAUAUAGUUCUUUUUCUAUUUUAACGGUUUAAAUGGUUUUUAAAGCAAAGUUUAGCGGGAGUAUCAGGAACCCAUUAUUUAAAAAAUAAACUAAACACAUCUUU